AUGGCAACACCCUUUCCUUUCACCCACCACCAACCAUCCUCGUCCCCCCACUUCCAUUCCCUCCCACCACCCACGUUGGCAACGACGACAACGACGACCACACCACACGACCCAACAACGGCCACGACCACACCAGCAACGAAUGGAAGCGACCACUGCCAGCGAGGCGGCACCACGACAAUCCACGAGCGCCCACGACAACGACAUGGCCGAUCCACGGGCGCCGCCAUCAACCAGGGCCCACCACACCAGCCAGCCACGAACGACACACCACGCGCCCACCAGCAUCAUCAACGUGACACCAAUGCAACGUGGCGGCGAAAUGACGUGGGAACGAGGUGGCAAAACGACGACAACGAUGCGACGUGGGUACAACGCGACGACGCGACGUGGGUACGAGGCAACAACGCGACGACGACGAUGUGA